AUGGGAAGCUGCUGGGGAGCCCAGACACAUACACUAAGAACUACUGCAAUGGCCUUAUGCCUAUCAACAGCCAAAUACGCAUCACCAGUAUGGGGGAGAUCUGUCCACUCAAAACAAAUUGAUGUCACACUAAAUGAAACGUGCCGACUGGUGACAGGUUGUCUAAGAAAUUCCAAAGUUGAAGAAAUAUAUGUACUUGCUGGAAUUGCCCCACCGGCAAUCAGGAGGGCAGUGCAAGCAGAUUGGGAGAGGACUAAGAUGACGAAAGAUGACAGACAUCCAAUGCAUGGAAUUGAAGCAAAUAAUUUCCGGCUAAAAUCAAGAAACAGUUUCCUAAAAAAAGACGAAAUGCUUAAAAACAACUAA